CGAUUUGCAGAGACGCUGCUGUGAAGCUAAAAUUCUCUCAAACAUCUUACAUGUUUAUGACCCAGCAAGCCCCGACACUCCAGUAGUCGUCGCGUUAGUAAGUCGUAUUUGUGACGCAAACAAAAUCAACAAUUAAAAAUGCCGAAAUAUUCUCGUAUUUUCAAACAGGCUUCCUUUGCUUACAGGCUGAUGAUGUCAUCAUCUUCAGAAUCAACCAAUGACUCCACCAUCGAUGAGUUCGAAGGUUCUAAAUUAGAUCCACAAGCGAAUUCUCUAAAGGUAUCGGUCAUUAGUGAGAAGUCCCAGGCUGAAAACGAAGAUUACAAGUUGGAUGCAAAGCCACCGGUCUUUAAGGAGAAGACCGAGUUUCCAUUGAAAAUGGCCUUGAAACGACGGAUAUCAUUGCAAUAUUUGGAGAAUCACAUGGUGUACCGUCUGAAUAAGCGACUGAAGGAAGUUCUCUCAGAGGUUAAAUCUAUCGGCCGUUUCGCAGUUGAUGAUCAGCCCCAGCCCCUGGCAGUGGAUACGUGCGAUGCUUCUGAAAGAAAUCUCGAACAUACAGCUGAGGUUGGAUCAAACGCCCUUGUCCCCAUUGCUGACGGGCAAGAGGAGCGCCCACUUGCAACAACUUUCGUCCAGAAAGUUAUUAACCUAGUUUCACGGCUGAUCGGUUCUCAUAUUUAUACAUGUCUCCUGGUGCUGUUCCUGAUCGUUAUUGUCUUGUUGUUUUACAAGGAUGAAAUCUGGGGGCCCAGCACUGCGGAGGGACGCUACCAGGCCAAGAUGCAGAAUUCGGGUCCGGGACUUAAAAUCUUGAUCUUUCUACUGCAUCAAUUCGAUGAAAAUUUUUUCUAAAUGAUAGCGACUUUCAGUUGGUUUGGCCAUAUAUAUAUAUUUGAGUAAUAAAAUGUAACUCAAAUGUGCCGAUCGUAGCAA